GUCUGCAGGGUUCGAAUUGCAGGCGCCAAUUCGUAAGCCGUUAAAGUGAAAACACAAAGUUGACAUCGAUGCACGUCAACUGAAGACUUUCCAUCUUAUUAGACUUUCAUAUCCCGUUCCAGGGCGUUUUGAUCUUUCUCAGGGACAUCUCUGGAAAACGCCAAAAUGCCGAAAAAAGACGAUAACAAGGCAAAGCCGAAGUUGAAACGAGCUGCCAAUGGUUUUGUGAUGGCAUUGAAAGUGCCCCUGGGAGAAGUGCUCACGGACGUCGCUAAGAAGAAGUGGGUCGUCGGCCCACCCAUCGGUCAGGGUGGUUUCGGCACCAUCUACUCAGCUCGAGAGGAGUGUGGCAAUCCAAAGGAUUAUCCUUUUGUAGUGAAGAUUGAGCCACAUGAAAAUGGACCGUUGUUUGUUGAGAUGCAUUUUUACAUGAAAUGCGGCAAACCAGAACAAAUCGAAGAGUACUUGAAGCAGAAGAAACUGCCACACUUGAAUCUCCCCCAGUAUCUUGGAUCUGGAUCUCAUGAAAUCAAGGGCAUGAAGCACAGAUUUGUAGUGACCAACAAGUUUGGAGAAGACCUGUGGUCCAUUUUCAAACUUCACAAGAAGUUCCCGUUUGGCACCAUCUUGCGUAUAGCUCAGCAAACCUUGCAAGUUCUUGAGUACAUACACAGCAAAGACUAUGCCCAUUGUGAUGUUAAGGGUGCCAACUUGCUAAUUGGGAACACAUCCAGCACUAAAAACAGGGUUUACUUGGUUGAUUUUGGCCUUGCAUCACGAUGCACUUCUGAUGCUGUUUACACCGAGGACGCUAGAAAAUCAAAUAAUGGAACAAUCGAAUAUCUAAGCAGAGAUGCCCAUAGAGGAGUUGUGACGAAGAGAGGUGACUUGGAGGUUUUGGCCUUUAACAUGAUUCACUGGCUGUGUUCCACCUUGCCUUGGGAACAAGUGAUUGCUAUGGAUAAGAAAGGAAAGGAAAAGACUGUUGAGGAGAUGAAAAUUAAGUUCAUGGAAAAUAUCUCGGAGAGCUUGAGUGAGCUGAAAAUAGCUCAGGCAGAGAAAGCAUUCUUGAAGAAGUUUUUGGAGAAAGUAAAAAGCAUGGGCCACUUGGAUAAGCCUGAUUACAAGACGCUGAACAAGAUGAUUUCCGACGCCUUGCACGUUACUGGGUUCAAAGAGACCGGACCUCUGAAUUUCUCUGCUACGAAAACAUCUCCUCGAGGUGUAUCAAAAGCUCGCUCGGCUAAGAGGGCAGUGCAAGAGUCUGAAGACGAGGUUGAAGAAGAAUUAGUUCCUCCCAAGAAGAAGGGCAAAACAGCUGAAAAAGUCACUCCUGAAAAAGCACCCAGAGGCCGCAGUCGUGGUUUGGCGAGCCAAGCUAAAGAGAGUGACAGCAAUGAUUUAGCCAAGUUGUUAAAAAAGUCUGAGAAAACUCCAAAGGGCAGGAAAGCUAGGCAGAGCAUGAGUUCGGAAGAAGAAAACCUUGUAGAAGGCGUCAAGCCGGAGAAUCCUAGGCCUAGGAGAUUGGGGAGGUCUGUGCUUGCUAAGAUGGAGGCUGAGAAGGCAGCUGCUGCAGCACAGAAAAACGGAACUGCACAUCUGAAUGGAAAUUCGUCAUCCUCAAGCAAGGACAGUGAUACCACCCCUGAGAAGAAAACCAAGAAAAAGAAGGGUGCCGAAAAAAAUAAAGGAACAGGGAUCUGGAAACUCUGCCCAACAGUUAUGAACAGCAAUGUGGAGACGCCUGGAACUUACAGCCCUCCAGCCAACGCCCCGAGUAGGAAUAAGAAGAAGUGAAGAUUAUGAUGAGUGAUAUUGAAUUUCAACAGUUUGGGGUCUCCCCACUGUCAUUCCAAAAGACUCAAAAUUUAUCCUAAAACAAGUGACUUUAAACGGACUGAAAUAUAAAUAUUAACACUGGAAAGCAUGUGAAAAAUUAGCUGCAAACCCAUCUGCCAUUAAUUCUUCAUUUAAUUAAUUUUUCUGAUCCCCACAUACUCUACUUGGGACAAUUAUUUGCCCUUAAAUCGCACAUGCUUCACUUUGAAAAUAAUAUUAUAUUGUUAUCUACAAUAGUUGCAAUGAAUCCCUUAUAGAAACAUCACAAUUUUACAUUUAAAACUGUCCCAUAGCUUGAAAGCAGUAGCAUAAUAUAAUCAAGUACAUAGCAAUGCAAACAGCUGGUUUAGAGGUGAAAUUAUUGGUGGUCAGUGCAUUUCACUUGUUAAUCAUUUUCCCAUCGCAUAAAAGCAUAUGAUAUUGUUUUCUUGUAUAAAAAAGAGCGGAAUGGAUUGAGUCCAGUAUUAGUAUACUAGGCGGUAUGCCAUUGGUGCAGCUAAUGGAAGUGAGCGCUUACCAGUUUGGAGAUAUCGUGAAUUGUGUAAUGAUUUAACUUCAUUGCAAUUUUUUCAUUAAUUAUCCAUUGCAUUUCCCUGACUAAUUUUCUUUGAAUUGCUUAUUUUAUGAAUAUUGAGAAUUAAGUAUAAUUAUAACACACACUCAGUUGCUAAUUUCCCAGGUAAUUAGAAGUUUUACAUGCCGUGUAUUUAAUUUAAACUGUUAUUUUCAUGAAGAUUCUCUAGAAUAUAAAUAAAUUUCCAACCAAAAAUAUCCA